AGGAGUUAAAAAUGUAUUUUUAGUCUUUUAAAAAAUAAAAAAAGAAAACAAAUAUUCUUUUACCGCCAAUGCUAAAAUAAUUAAAUAAAAUCCAAGGCUAUAAGUUGCGGGAAGAGAGCGACCUAGGACUAUAUUUUGCGGAGCUACAGUUGGCACCUACCAAUUGAACAAGUAAUCGUGAAAAAUGAUAGAAACAGAACAGGCUUGCAGCAGCCUGGCGAUGCCGGCGCCGACUUUAUCGUUACUACCGGAGGAUUGCAUAUCCCUUGUGCUUUCGCUCACAUCGCCUCAGGACGCAUGUCGGUUGUCUUUGGUUAGUCCCGAGUUUCGAUCCGCUGCGAAAUCAGACGCGGUCUGGAUUCGAUUUUUGCCGUCCGAUUACGAGGAUAUCAUUUCCAGAUCAGUUUCUCCGGUGAUUUUCUCUUCCAAGAAGGACCUCUAUUUUCGUCUUUGCGAAUCUCCACUGCUCGUCGAUGGAGGUGCCAGGAGCUUUGAACUGGAGAGAGUGAGUGGGAAGAAACGUUUCAUGAUUGGAGCCAGAGAGUCGACUAUUUCAUGGGCGAACAAUCCCCAGUUUUGGGAAUGGAUAUCCCCAUCAAAGUCACCUUCUCUACCCAUCUCCAGGUUCAAUAAAGUAGCUGGUCUUCGAGCUGUAUGUUGGCUUGAUAUUCGCACGAGGAUAGAGAAGCGACUGCUAUCUCCAAAUACAAGUUACACAGCUUGUCUUGUAUACACAAUUGCUGACAGUUCUCAUGGACUGGAAUAUCCAGUGAAGGUCUCUUUGACGCUUUCUAAGAAAGGAUCUCAAGGGGAAGAGCCGACAACUAUUGAAGGUAAUGUUGCUUAUUUGAAGCCAACAUCAAGAUAUAUCGGUCAACUUGCGCAUCUUCCAUUAGAGAGAGGUGAUCAGUGGAAGGAGGUUGAGAUUGGUGAGUUCUUCAAUGACCCAGAUGAUGGUAUCAUUGAAAUGCGAGUGAGUGAAACGGAACUUUUGAAUUGGAAGUCUGGCCUUGUUGUGCAAGGCUUUGAGCUGAGACCAAAAUUGUUAGAUAAAUGAUUAAGGUUUUCUGCUCUCAAUAAAUUUCUAAUGUUAAUUAGGACAACUGUUGUCCUUUUAAGUAAAUCUUACUUUCUGGUAUUCA